GCUUUUUGGGCAACCGGUUUUCCAUAUUUUCAUCUUUAAAGUGCUUUGAGGAGUUGCUACCUGAAAGAGUUUUACAUUUGGAGUCAGAAUGUGUUCGGGCAGCUUUGCCAAAUGUCUUGGGAUCACUUUGAUUCCACUGGCCAUUGUAUGUGUGCUGUGCAACAUCCUGCUCUUCUUCCCUGGUGGACAGCCCGUGGCGACCGAGCACAUCACCGCACAAGUCUUCUACUUUGGAGGCAUUCUGGGAUCUGGGGUUCUGAUGAUCUUCCCAGCUCUGGUUUUUCUGGGCCUGAAGAAUAACGACUGCUGCGGUUGCUGUGGAAAUGAAAGCUGUGGCCGGAGAUGUGCAAUGUUGAGCUCCAUACUGUUUGCAGCUGUGGGUGUUUUGGGUGCAGGUUAUUCUGUCAUCGUAUCUUCUGUGGCCAUCAACCGCGGCCCCCAGUGUUUGGUCUCUGGGAAUGAAACUGGAGGGAACUGGUCUUAUCCCUUUGUAGACAGUGACUACUUAUCCAACCACACCUUAUGGCAUCUGGUGUGUCUGGCUCCGAAGAAUGUGGUGUCGUGGCACCUCUCUCUGUUCUCUGUUCUGCUGGUCAUGGGUUUAAUCCAGGUGGCGCUGUGUGCCGUGCAGGUGGUGAAUGGCCUGCUGGGAGCUGUGUGUGGUGACUGCUGUGGAGGGAGUACCUGAGCUGUGUGAGUCCUUCCUCAGAGUCUGACAACGGAUGGGUGUUUUAUUUUGGGUGUGUUUUCGGGGAUGAUUUCCUGCUUUCUGUGUGUAUAACAUCACUGAAAUGAAAACCGUAUUUAAAGUAUUGUCUGUUUUUUCUCUGGUUGACUCCAGUGGCGCGGUUUCUCUUAAUCUGAAAGAGCAAUUCUUUCCCUUUUAAACUGCAAAACACAAAAU